AAGCUCAUUUAAGUAAAUGAACGGCCACUUUCCCCGCGACAAUCGAUGUUUCCCACGCAGAUCCCAGUCAAGUGUCCCGGUUCGAAUCUGUAACCUUUUAUUGCGUGUAUGCCGACAGCAUGUUUCACCAUUUAUUACGCGCGAGGAGUUAACGAGUAAUCCAAGAGUUAAUCUUCUCCCACAGUGCUAAAAAAGCAACAACAAAAAAGCGGGAUAAAAAGUGGAGAAGGAUCAUCGGUAGUGUGAAGACUACGAACUGAGAGGUCACUUGAAGAAAACUUCGCUCUGGUUUUGUGCGCUAUGGACCUGUUGAAGUUUGCCAAGAAACUCUGGUACAUCCGUAAGCAGCUGGUUCUCAUCAUCACACCAGGGUUAUUGCUUCCUCUGCUCUUCGUCCUGCCAGAAAAGGAGGGUAAAUGUCUCUACGUGGUGCUGUUGAUGGCAAUAUACUGGUGUACAGAAGCUCUCCCUCUAGCUGUUACUGCCCUGCUGCCCAUCUGCCUCUUCCCUACCAUGGGUAUUCUACCCUCCAAGAAGGUCUGUCCACAAUACUUUCUAGAGACUAACUUCCUCUUUCUGAGCGGCCUAGUGAUGGCAACUGCGAUUGAAGAGUGGGGCUUACACAAACGUAUUGCCCUCAGAGUGCUCAAGAUUGUCGGCGUGAAACCAGCCUGGUUGAUUUUGGGGAUGAUGAUCACAUCCUCUUUCCUGUCCAUGUGGUUAAGUAACUCUGCUACAACAGCCAUGAUGCUGCCCAUUGCGAAUGCCAUUCUGGAAAGCCUGUUUGGAGACCUGGAAACACUUAAGGAGAAGUGCAAGGUCACAGAGGACUCUGAGGGCCAGUGUCAGGUGAAGCUGCAUGGGCUACUAUCUGAAAAACACAAUCUGACUGCAGUUGACAGGGUGGAUGGAAUAGAGAAGCUAGACCAGAAGUGUCAGGAGGAAGCCAGGAAAGAAGCAGAAUACCAGCUGAAGGUGUGGAAAGGAUUUCUUAUCUGUAUCCCCUAUGCAGCCAGCAUCGGGGGAACAGCCACCCUCACUGGAACCGCACCCAAUCUCAUUUUCAUCGGACAGCUGAAGAGUUAUUUCCCAGAGUGUGACUUGAUCAACUUUGGCUCGUGGUUCAUCUUCGCUUUCCCGCUAAUGAUCAUCUUCCUUCUGGUGUCAUGGAUCUGGAUUGCUUUUCUCUAUGGAGGAAUAAGCACAAGAUUGUGUAAAAAGAAACUCAAUCACCGUGCAGCUGCUGAAGCCAAGGCCAAUGCGGUCAUUGAUGAAGACUACAAAAAGCUGGGACCCAUGACGUUUGCAGAGAAAGCCAUCUCCUUCUUUUUCAUCCUAUUCGCCAUCCUCCUGUUCACCAGAGACCCAAAAUUUGUGAAAGGCUGGUCCAUAUUCUUCAGAAAAGACUAUGUGUCGGAUGCUGUUACCGGAGUCGUCAUCAUCUCCAUCCUUUUCUUUUUUCCAUCCAAGUGUCCAUCUCCGCUUUGGUGGCUGAACCCUAGAGCCUCAAACACUCCGUAUGUGCCUCUGUUGUCAUGGAAAAGAGUUCAAGAAUGUGUACCAUGGAACAUUAUCCUUCUGCUGGGUGGAGGCUUCGCAAUGGCUAAAGGCUGUGAGGAGUCUGGUCUGGCCGUGUGGAUCGGAGGACGUUUGCAGCCAUUAGCUAACGUUCCUCCUCCGGUGGCUGUAAUUCUCAUCACAGCCUUCAUUGCUUGCUUCACGGAGUUCGCCAGUAACACCGCCACCAUCAUCAUCUUCCUUCCAGUCAUUGCUGAACUGGCCAGCCAUGUGAACGUGAAUCCUCUGUACUUCAUGAUACCAGCAACUGUAGGUUGCUCUUACGCCUUCAUGCUUCCUGUUUCUACUCCACCCAAUUCCAUCGCAUUUGCCUCUGGACACCUCAUGGUCAAAGACAUGGUGAAAACAGGGUUUAUGAUGAACAUUCUGGGGAUUUUGUGUGUAUCUCUGGCUAUGAACACAUGGGGACUGCACAUGUUCAGCUUAGACAUCUAUCCGGACUGGGCCAAACCUUUGAACUCCACAGAAUUGCCAUUACCAGCAGUUAACGCUACUGGAUAGACACAUAUGUGUAAACCUCUAACACUCAUAUACCCACAAAGUGUGACAAACUACUAGCUGCCAAAAUGGGGUGUGUACCAUACCCCAUACCCCAAUAUACUGUAUAUUAUAUACAAUAUGUAAAUAUCUGUGGCGAGGCGAAAAUCUGUGGCGAGGCGAAAAUUCUUUGUUGUUUUCAUGUCCGGAAUGUAGAAGAGCUCUUUCUUCUUAUGUUGUCUAACUAGUUUGCUGCCAUAGCAACAACUAUCACUAUUACCAAACAAGGUUGAAAUGAAGACAUAACUGCAAAUGACUUUCAACAAUUUAACUCGAUCAGUAUUCUCCCAGCUUGCAGAGAACAUUAGAACGUUCAGUAAGCUUCUGGGAAGAUUUCUGCAAUGUUAUAUAACAUUUAUGGUAUUAAUGUUCCUAUCUAAGCAACAACAACAAAAAAAUAACCUAAUGGGAACAUCGGUAUUUACUAAAAAAAAUGCUGCAGGAACUUUCAUAAAUAUAGGGGUCUCUACUCACAGCAGUAUAGUAUGGAUAAAAUCAGAUUUUAUAAAAUCAUAUUACAAUUGCGUUAAUUAUCUCUGUUAUAUCAAGAGUUCGUCAUUAUUUUAAUAUAUUGCAGUAUAUAUAAAAAAGAUUAUAAACGCUUGAUGUGACAGAGAAAGAUUGGCCUUACUGCAGUUCAUAUACAUUGGUUGGAUUAUGUGAAUGCUGUGAAUCAUCAAAACCCCACACAGAAAUGUGCAUCAGGAGCAUCCGAGGUUAGAAAACAUUCAAGGAUGUAUUAGCGUUCUCAUUUGCAUAUAGCCACCUUCAUUUCCAUCAGUAUUUCAAAUGUCAGUUAUUGUUAUUACAAAUGACAUCUCGUGCAUCCUACUGCCUUAUAUCUGUAAUACAUUAGGACUAUGAGUUAGAUAAGUGUUUAAGCUUUAUACUCUGCUCACACUACAUGACAGGAAACAUCGACUCCCAAACUCUAAAAAUGCUGCCCCCUAGUGUAUGAACCCAAAAUCGACCAGAGAUAGAAACUAAUAUAAAUUACUAAUGUAAACUCAAUACUAAGCUAUUAAAUGAAAAGCAGGAUAGAGGCAUUUCAGUUCACGUUGUUCUAUAUCACCUGCAUAACAGUGUAGUCUGUCAUGUUUUUCCUUACUUAUAGGACAGCUGCAAAAAACAUAAUGAUAAAAUCUAAUGUUUGCUAAAUAAA